AGCAGCGCUGCCGCCGCCGCUGCAGCUCGAGUUGGAGGAGGGAGAAGCCAGGAAGAAAAUGGCGGCUGUGGCUGCAGAGGCGGCAGCGACUGCAGCGUCCCCCGGGGAGGGGGGCGCCGGCGAGGCUGAGCCGGAGAUGGAGCCCAUCCCCGGCAGCGAGGCCGGCACUGACCCCCUCCCAGUCACGGCCACUGAAGCAUCUGUGCCGGACAGCGAGGCCGACGGGCAGCAGUCCUCUCCUCAGGCCGACGAGCCGCCUCUCCCGCCGCCACCGCCGCCGCCGGGGGAGCUCGCCCGCAGCCCGGAGGCGGCGGGGCCGGAGCUGGAGGCUGAGGAGAAGCUGCCCGCCCCGGUGGUGGAGCCAGCGGCAGCCGCGCCUCAGGAAGGGCCCGACCUUCCACCUUCCCCUGCACCGCCGCCCGAGCAGCCCCCGGCUCCCGAAGAGCGCCAGGAACCGCCGCUGCCCCAGCCCGCAGCCCCGGCGCUCGUGCCGCCGGCGGGCGGGGACUCCGCGGUGUCGCAGCUGAUCCCCGGCUCGGAGGUGCGGGUCACGCUGGACCACAUCAUUGAGGACGCGCUCGUCGUGUCGUUCCGCCUCGGGGAGAAGCUCUUCUCCGGGGUCCUUAUGGAUCUGUCCAAAAGGUUUGGGCCCCAUGGGAUUCCUGUGACAGUAUUUCCCAAGAGGGAAUACAAGGAUAAACCUGAAGCCAUGCAGCUCCAAAGUCAUACAUUCCAAGAAGGAACAGAGGUCAAGCGUGAAGUGAAUGGUGCUGUUCCCGAUGACCCUUCUCCUGUCCCACCUCCCGAGCUGAACUUGGCUGAACGCCUGUGGACUUCCAAACCACCACCUCUCUUCCAUGAAGGAGCACCUUAUCCUCCCCCUUUGUUUAUCAGGGACACAUAUAACCAGUCAAUACCUCAGCCGCCUCCUCGGAAAAUUAAGCGACCCAAACGAAAAAUGUACAGGGAAGAACCUACUUCAAUAAUGAAUGCUAUUAAAUUACGGCCCAGGCAAGUCUUAUGUGACAAAUGUAAAAACAGUGUUGUUGCUGAAAAAAAAGAAACCAGAAAAGGUGGUAGUGCGAGUGACUCUUACAAAUACGAAGAUAAAAAACGGAGAAAUGAAAGUGUAACUACUGUGAACAAAAAACUGAAAACUGACCAUAAGGUGGACGGGAAAAACCAAAAUGAAAGCCAGAAAAGAAACGCUGUGGUUAAGGUUUCAAAUAUUGCUCACAGCAGAGGCAGAGUAGUCAAAGUUUCUGCUCAGGCAAAUACAUCAAAAGCUCAGUUAAGUACGAAAAAAGUGCUCCAGAGCAAGAACAUGGAUCACGCGAAGGCUCGGGAAGUGUUGAAAAUUGCCAAAGAAAAGGCACAGAAGAAGCAAAGUGAAACCUCUACGUCCAAAAACGCACAUUCAAAAGUCCACUUCACACGUCGGUAUCAGAAUCCUAGCUCAGGGUCCCUUCCACCCCGGGUCCGCUUAAAACCGCAGAGGUACAGGAAUGAAGAGAACGACUCUUCCCUGAAGACAGGGCUGGAGAAAAUGCGGAGCGGCAAGAUGGCGCCCAAGCCCCAGUCCCGCUGCACCUCCACCCGCUCAGCAGGUGAGGCCCCUUCAGAAAAUCAGAGCCCCUCCAAAGGCCCUGAAGAGGCCAGCAGUGAGGUUCAGGACACAGCUGAAGUGCCGGUGCCUGGGGAGCAGGAUGAACCGCAGACACUGGGCAAAAAAGGCAGCAAAGGCGAGCUCUCUGUUUACAUGACCCUAAAUCAGAAGAAGUCUGACUCUUCCAGUGCUUCAGUGUGUAGCGUUGAUAGCACAGAUGACCUGAAGUCCUCCAACUCUGAGUGUAGCUCUUCCGAGAGCUUUGAUUGUCCUCCAGGCUGUAUGCACGCACCUUCCACCUCCUCCACUUCCUCCUCUUCAAAGGAAGAGAAAAAGCUCAGUAAUUCCUUGAAAAUGAAAGUCUUUUCCAAAAACGUCUCUAAAUGUGUCACACCAGAUGGCAGGACCAUAUGCGUAGGGGACAUUGUUUGGGCCAAGAUAUAUGGCUUCCCUUGGUGGCCAGCCCGUAUUCUCACUAUAACUGUGAGCCGGAAAGAUAACGGCCUCCUAGUCCGACAGGAGGCCCGUAUUUCAUGGUUCGGGUCUCCAACAACAUCUUUCCUGGCUCUUUCGCAACUCUCCCCCUUUUUAGAAAACUUCCAGUCACGCUUUAAUAAGAAGAGAAAGGGCCUGUACCGCAAGGCCAUCACAGAGGCAGCCAAGGCUGCCAAGCAGCUGACCCCUGAGGUGCGGGCUCUGUUGACACAGUUUGAAACGUGAGCACGGACAGUAAGCACAGAGACAUUAGCAGGCCGCUGGUUUCAUCGGACCUGUACCACAAUGACACAGAACACCUGAGCGUCAGGACUGAAUGAAAUUGGAGACUCAGAUUUUUAAAGCUGCACUAAGAAGCUAAUGUUCAGGCAGUGGUUAAAACCAAGUCUGUAAUGGGGCACUUGCAAACCGUGCUGUAUUAAACUGAAGAAAAGGUAUUAGGGGAAUAUUUUAUAAAAAGUAAACUAUUGCAAUAAAUUAUGCAUCAGAUGAGAAGAGUGAUGUGAGAUACGCAAAGACCUCUCUCGAAUUUUACGUAUGAAGAAUCACUGAUAGUAACUUCUUUUGAACGUGAAGUCCUUCUCAGUACAGCUUGGACAGUCCUAAAAGGCAUGGGAUGUUGACAGAAAUGCUGAAUUAUUUGUCAUACAAAAACUGCUUUCUCCGAGGUUUAUGUUCAUUAGUUCAGCUAUGAACUAAGAUAUUUCUAAAACGGCUCUCCUGUGAAACAGCAAUAGUCACAAACGCCGAGGCCAGUGAGCCCGCCAGGGUGUCAGUGGAAUCAACAGGAAAGAUGACCGAACAUCCUACAGGGAUGGCGCCACCCCCCACCCCGCCAAGAACAUUUGCAUCUUUUCUUCAGUAAAGCAGGGCCAGGGCUAUAUUAUCUUAAAUAUACGUUUGCUUGUUAGAUCAUAUUAAGAUGUAUUUAUUUGCCACCAGUAUUUAACAUUUUGUGCACAUUUUCAUGACUACAUUCUUAUCUUUCAAAUUCUGACUCAAAGUGGAUAGGCUAGUGUUGAUCUUGGAGUGAAAAUAUACUGAGAGCGAGUCUUAAUCCUACUGUGCUGGAGAGGCGUUUGAGCUUCUCCCUGUCCUUACUGAUUUGGGUCUAGUUCAGGAAAGGUGACAAUGAAUUGUCUGACCUCUCUCCACAGAGAGCUCCUGUGCUCUCUAAGUGCAAGAAAGUCUCGCAGGUGUCAGUGCAACUUGACCCUGGGUAACAAGCAGCAGGAAGCCGACCCAUAAGGACAGUGAACGUCUCACGCGUGGCAUAUGAGUUCUCAUUAAUGGAGACCGUCAUGUUUUUGAUUCUGGAAAAUACAUGUUAUGAAAAAAACCUUAGUUUUUCUUUUUUAAUGAAUGGAGAAAACAUGAAUGAGACAAGCAGAUGGUCCUGUUAGUACUACAUUUUUAAGGCUUUUAUAUUUGAUGGUGCAGUGCUUUUAAUAAUAAAACUAAAGUUUUUUAGUGGCAAUACUGAUUUAUUUUUUAAGCCAGAAAGAUAAUCCAUAUUGAUUACUUAAUACAAAAAAAAAAAAAAAAAGGAAAAAAAUGCCAAAAAAACUUUUAAAAAUACAAAA